CUCUCCUCCUCCUCUUCCAUUCCUCUCGAAAAGUCAUUCAACUGGCUCUUUGACAAACUCUUAUUCUUCAGCAGGGCUCAACAUACCUGCUGUGUGCACCGUCGACUUUGAAAGAGAGAACGAGAGAGCACAGGCGAAUUAUCGGUCUCCGCCAUUAUGGAUUCAGAACUUCGCAACCGUAAACCAGUGACAGACGACCCACUCGACACAACCCUCCCCUUUACUGCUGGACUCUCCACUGCCAACAAGCAUCAUCAUUGCGAUGGCGCUUCUGCCUCAGAUAUCAACGGCAACACCGAGGGCGUGGCCGAUACAGACGAAAACUCUAGCAAUGGCAAUGGGACCGUGAGCACAUCGCCAAGGGCUGCGCGCGGUCGAGUUCAAAGCGAUGGAUUGACCACCUUCCCAUCGGCUCAGAAACUGACAGCAGCCCAGAAGGAGAAUCUGGUCAAGGAAUCCGAAGAGACAGCGUAUGGCAAGACGCCCAAUGGCACCAUCUUUCGCGUGCCUGUGACAAAGGACAUGGUUAGCGAGCUGUUCGACAUGUCAAAAAAGAAGUCGGCCUUUGAUAUCAUCACUCUGGCGGUGAUGGGUGUCCAGGUCUUGCUCUUCUUUGCGUUGCCCUUGGUCGUGAGACGAUGGCUCUUCCUGUUCUUGUUUCUUGGAUGGAGAGCGGGGUACAAUGCCGGGCUGGGCUAUUUGCUCAAGAUACAGAGCGAACGUCGAGCAUUGGUCGCCUGGGCGAGGGAGAAGGGGAUCUUUGACAAAAACCGAAAGAGUCCCUGGUAUGGAUGGCUCAAAGUCGAACUCAGCUGCAAGAUGGGCAGCGACUAUCAAUUCGAUGCUGUGCCUAUCGAGUACAACACGUGGCUCCUGUACCGACAGCUAGUCGAUUUGAUCCUCAUGAACGACUUUACGUCCUAUGUCUGCUUUGCGCUGUCGUGGCUCACAUUGCCGGAAGGAUAUGGAUUCUUUAGCCAUCUUUUGCGGUGGAUUGGAGGUCUUGUCCUAGUGUUGUUCAAUGUUUGGGUCAAGCUGGAUGCUCAUAGAGUCGUUAAAGACUUUGCAUGGUACUGGGGCGAUUUUUUCUUUUUAAUCGAGCAGUCGUUAACGUUCGAUGGAGUUUUUGAGAUGGCACCGCAUCCAAUGUAUUCGGUCGGAUAUGCAGGAUACUAUGGCAUUUCCUUGAUGAUGGCGUCGUACAUGGUGCUCUUUGUUUCCCUGUUUGCCCACGCUGCCCAGUUUGUGUUCCUGACUCUAGUCGAGAAUCCUCACAUCGACAAGACGUACAACACACCUUUGGUUCACAAGAAGCGUACGGUAGCGCUAAGAAGGAAGGCGCCGGACUCAACUUUGCCAAAUGUAUCCAGUACUGCCCCCACCACAGGGCUGGACCAAACAGCAACGCUAGUUCCCUGCGGAUCAAAGGACAUGUAUAACACCUACUUCCGACGAGACCUCAUCGUGUUCAAAAAUUUUGACAUCUUUCGGUCUGCGGAUAUCUUUGUGGCGCUCAUCAUCCUGUACGCAACCGUUGUGCCGUUACUGAUCUCGAACAUGGGACCCAGUUUCAUUACGUCCAUGAUCGUGCUCCAAGCAUUGGUCUGGCGUAUCUUCCACUCCUAUAUUCUGGGUGCGGUGCUGAGUAUGCAAAGCGUGAACAAGUUUUAUACUAAGCAUUUUAUCAAGCAUGGCGGCACAGUACAGGAUGCAUUCCAGAGCUGGAAGAGUAUCUUCAAUCUGUCGAACAGUAUGACUUAUGCCACAUUCUCCUUGGCGGCGUUCAAGAUGUACUCGAUCCCAGAUGAUUGGACCUAUGGAACCGUGUUGCUGCGACAUAUUCUGGGACUUGCAUUGAUUGCGUUGCAUGUCUGGGCUUCGGUUUCGGUGUUUGAGGUCCUUGGAGACUUUGGAUGGUUCUAUGGCGACUUCUUUAUUGAAGAAUCGUCUAGUGGAUUGUUCUACACUGGUAUCUACAGAUUUGUCAACAACCCUGAAAAGGUCAUGGGUCAUGCCGCGUUCUGGGGCAUGACACUAAUCUGCAAUAGCUGGUCCAUCUUUAUCCUGGCGCUUUUUUCCCAGAUCUCCAAUUUCUUGUUCCUGCACUAUGUGGAGUCACCGCAUAUGCGCAAGAUCUAUGGCGAUAAACUGCGUAAGGAUGCUGGGGUGGUCAAGACAGUCAAGGCGGCCAAAAUUCUCCCUCAAAAGGUCAAGGACGAGGUUGACAAGUUCCGAGAGAAGUUGGGUGAGACAGAUAUGGCACAGCGUACAAGGGUGGUCUCGGGAAGGGCGCAUGAGCUGGUCGAGGGUACGACGGAGUUGGUCCAGAGCGUAGUCGCACCCAGGAUCCAGGAGAUGAUGUCGAAUUCCAAAGCGUUGCUGGAGAACUCUAGGGAUAAGUUGUUCGUUGGACGAACAUGGGACGAUAUGGGCGUGUAUGAUAUGUCCCAGUACUCCAUCAAGAUCAUCAACGACAACAACAGCAAUAGCAGCAGCGAUGGUUUCCAAGCGCUCCCAAAGCUCAACUCGGCGGGAGCGCCGGUGUACGAACUCGGUGAGAAACUCAUAGUUCAGUGGACGGCGCCAUUGAAUCACGGAUCCAAGGACUGGAUCGGUAUUUACAAGGUGUCGAGCAACACAUCCCACAAGGUCACCAAUGUGGCAUCGAAAGGUCGUUAUCUGUUCGUAGGCUGCGAUAUCAGGCUGGGUAAAACCGAGGAAGGAGUGGAUGAUCAUGCAGGGAAUGGGGAUGGCGAGGUGAUGGAGGAGGAGGUUGUUUGGAUGGAUGGACAGGAGCUCUGUCGUGGACAAGUUACGUUCCUGGGAGACAAGUUGCCUUGGUUCGAAGGGACAUUUGAGUUUAGGUACCAUCAUCAUGAUCGGUAUAACGUGAUGGCAUAUACCACUCCAUUUGAGAUCAAGCUCCCGAGCCGUGAAGACGACAAGGAUUUGACUGUAGCGUCGAUCAGUCAAACAUUGCUACCCUAUGUCCAACGAUGCUUCGCUCUCGACGAGGACACGAUGCCAUAUACCGUGGAUGAGAGGUUUGUGAUGAUUAACCAGACUAUCGCGCAGCGGAUCGUGAAGGGGAUCCAUCUGUUGUAUGGGAUCGAGUUUGCGUGGGAGGUCGUGGCUGUGGAUUUGUGUUGUCUUCGGCUGGCGAUGAGAAUCAUGACGGCUCGAAGGGCUUUAGCCCCGUUCUCGUCGACACCGACGGCCUCGUCACCGACGGUAUCUAUUGGGGAGCCUCAGUUUGUCUCGACGGCGAAUCUGUGAGUUACCGCUGUAGAAGGGGAGAGGAGGAGGAGGUCUAUAGAUAGGUGAUAUAUUAAAGUACAGAGACGUAUACAGUCGCUCAAUGGAUCUUACAGCAGGCGCUUUUUGCGCCACCAAUUUUUAUUACA